UGAAAAUCAGCUGAUUCGUUUGUUUGCUUACCGAACUGAGUAAAAUCGUUCUUCUGUUGACGAAUUACUGCAAUUACAGAUUUAAUCACUAGUAAUCUUGUGGAUAUUGAUCCGAGGGUUUUGUAAAUAGUUAAACCUGAAGUGUUUGCUGGCUGGAAAGAUUUAUAUGACGGUGAGUGCUUCCAAGGGGUUUACUCGGAAUAAAAUAGUGAUAGUGAGGUUAUUCAGUGACUCCGGGGGAUUAAACUGAGCAAUCAACCUGGAUAACGUGAUUUACGGGAAGUGCUGAAGGGUUAAGAGAGCUUCUGCGUUAAAAUGGCAGAUUACUGGAAAUCCCAGGGAAGAAAAUUCUGUGACUUCUGCAAAUGCUGGAUUGCAGACAAUAAGCCGAGCAUUCAGUUUCAUGAGGGUGGUAAAAAGCAUAAGGAGAAUGUCACCAAGCGGUUGAAGGAGAUCCAUAAAAACAGCGCUAAACAAGCAAAGCAGACGAAAAAAUUUGAAAAUGAUAUCAAAACUAUGGAGAACGCCGCCAUGGCAGCUUACCUUAAGGACCUCGAGAGUAACACGACGGAUCUGACAGCACAACAGAUUAUCCGGGAUAAGAGAGAGAGAACUGGAGCACCCUCGGUACCAGAUAAUCCCAAUCAGAUGCCGGAGGCCUCGGUGGAUACGAAUCCUCGUCACAAAAGGCCUCAAGGACUUCCAGCGGAUAUCGAUUACUGCGACCCAACGACAUUCCAUCGGUCUAGGGUACAGCAGGCAAGUAUAUCGAGUCGUUCGAGUGGCAAUCCAAGUGAGAACAAGACUCCAGGGAAGGCGAAAUCCAGCAGGGAAAAGCGACGGGGUAAGAGGGACUCGGAGGGAGAUAAAUUCGCCAAGUAUCUUGUUCGAAAACUUUGGUACGAGGCGCAGAGCCCCGAAGGAUACACUUACUACUGGCACACGGAGACCAACGAGACUACGUGGGAGGCACCUGAGGAGGGCUUCAUGACGAUUGCUGAGCAGGAGGAGGAGGCGAGGGAACAAGCAGUGCAGGAGAAGCUGUUGGAGCAGCUUGAGGAGGAAGAGACUGUAGCUAACGCCGCUGUUAUCGAGGAGCAGAGGGCUAAAGCUGAACGAGAGAGGUUAAAAGAGCUGAGGAAACAGGCGAGGGGGAAUGAGGGUGAUGAGGGAAAAGAUGGGACGGGAACGGGAGGAGAGGAGAUCCCCUACAGGAGGGACUACAGUGUUCCUGAUAAGGUUGAUCCCUAUGGACCCUGGCAGACUGUUGAAGUCAUACCGAAGAAAAUCGUCGACCUGCAGUUACCGCAGAAGAGACAAGUAGUGCAGGUUCCAAAGUCUCAGGAGUCUGAACCGUUUGUACCUCAAAGAACUUUCAAAGAAAAAACAGUGACACAAGUGAGAACCGGCGAUAGUGACGAUGAGAGUUCUGCUGUCAGUUUCAAAAAGCGGAAAUUUGGGAAUCGAAAUGUGAGGAAAAGACUGGAGGAUGAUUGAGGUUUUUCUGAUACAAUGGAUUUUAUUUUCAUUUUAUGUAAAACUGUGGAAAUAAAGGAAUAUGCUUUCGGAGUUUUAUCCGAAAAAAACACAUUUUUCAAUAA